AUGGCUUCAGGCCAAGUAACAGAGAAAGGCCCUCCGCCGGAGUCGUCUGCGGCUCCGCGGUACCUGACGCGCGGGAAACACAAUGGUGACGGGCCGCGCCGAGGCUUGCGUCACUAUGCCAAGUGGCUAGUAAUGACUCUGGUCGUCGUCUUCACAUUUUUCACGGCCGUCUCUCGUGCUUUUAGCUGGGCCACGGUGUCCGGUGCCAUCUACAGCGCAGAUGUGCCGCAGCGAAUACAGGAUGAGCUCGUGGGCAGGAAGCUGGCGGCUCUGCAGCGGCAACAGCCACAUGAGGAGCAGCAGCAUCAGUAUCAGGGCCAGAAACAGCAGCAAAGGCUUGGGAGCGAGGGCAAGGCACAGGCCCUUGCCAUGUCCGGCAGCGCUGUAGAUGGCCACUAUCUCAUCGGAGUGGGCAAGGCCGACAUCACGGGGCCUGUUGUCGAGAUCAACAUGAUGGGCUAUGCCAAUACCGAGCAGGUUGGCAGCGGCGUGCGUCAGCGCCUGUACUCUCGCGCCUUCAUCGUGGGCGACCUUGACCAGCCCGAAGACAGAUUCAUCUACCUCGUCCUGGAUACACAGGCUGGUGACACCGCCGUCCGAUACGGCAUUCUCCGGGGGCUAGAGGAACUUGGCCCCGAAUACUCCAUGUAUGGACAUGACAAUUUAGCCGUCACUGCGACCCACUCUCACUCCGGGCCCGGCGCCUGGCUCAACUACCUCUUACCUCAGAUCACCAGCAAAGGAUUCGACAGGCAGAGUUAUCAGGCGAUUGUCGACGGCUGCCUCUUGUCCAUCCGCCGCGCACAUGAGAGCCUAGAACCCGGCACCCUCACCGCAGGCACCACCAAAGUCUUUGGCGCCAACAUCAAUCGAAGCCUCUACGCCUAUCUCGCCAACCUCGAGGAGGAGAGGACCAAGUACAACGUCAGCGCGGAAGACGAUGGCUCUGUGGAGAAGGACUUGACUUUGCUCAAGUUCAGAAGAGCAUCGGACGGCAAGAAUAUUGGCGUGCUGACAUGGUUCCCUACCCAUGGCACAUCCAUGUUGGCCAACAACACCCUCAUCACAGGAGACAACAAGGGCGUGGCCGCGGAUCUUUUUGAGAGGAAAGUUCGCGGAGGUGUCCAAGAGACGGACGAUUUUGUUGCGGGCUUUUCUCAGGCCAACAUGGGUGAUGCGAGCCCCAAUACGCUUGGCGGUUGGUGUGACGAUGGUACAGGCGAGCCGGAAAAGGAUGAGGGGGCCGCAUCGUGUUUCGAGAUUGGAAAGAAGCAGUACGAGGCGGCUCUGGAUCUCUACACCUCGAUGGAUGCCCAGCAGCCAAACGUAAAGGGGUCGGGCGUCAAGGCAUUCCAUCGGUUUCACGACAUGUCUGACUUUCAGUUUCAGCUGCCCAACGGCUCGACAGUCCGCACGUGCUCUGCUGCGUUGGGGUAUUCUUUCGCAGCCGGAACGUGGGACGAACCGGGCCACUAUGAGAUCACGCAGUCUGGUUCCAACGACACAAACUCAUCUCCCAAAUGGAAGGUUCUACGAUGGCUCAUUGGAGCUCCCGGCCCUGAGCAGAUACAGUGCCAUGCUCCCAAGCCUAUCCUCUUCAACGUCGGCAAGACGCACAAGCCCUAUCACUGGACGCCAGAUAUUGUAGACAUUCAGACGUUUAGAGUUGGCCAAUUCAUUAUUGUUGUCAGCCCUGGAGAGGCAACCACGAUGGCCGGUAGACGGUGGAAAGAGGCAGUUGCAGAGAGCAGCAAGAUUCAAUUAGCAGAGGAGCUGGACGGCAAAGAGCCCAUUGUGGUGUUUGGAGGGCCGAGCAACACUUAUACUCAUUAUAUCACGACGGAGCAGGAAUACGGGAUCCAGCGAUAUGAGGGAGCUUCAACCCUGUACGGCCCACACACACUUGCAGCCUACAUAGAUCGGACCAAGGCCCUUCUUUAUCUCCUCAAGGACGAUGCUCCUAGUGGAGAACCCGACUCCCGAGAGACCGGCCCACUGCCCCCCGACAACAGUGACCGAUCCUAUGGCUUCAACACGGGUGUCUUGUUUGAUGGUACAUCACAAUCUCAACAAUUUGGAGAUGUGAUUGUUGACGUCGACAAGAGCCAGUUUACCGUAGGGGAUAAGGUAACGGCAACAUUUGUUGGAGCCAACCCGCGAAAUAACCUGCGAUUGGAAGAGACGUUUGCCGCCGUCGAGUACCGUCGUCCCGGUGAAACAGAAUGGACAGUGGUGCGAGACGACUCGGACUGGAAGUUGAUAUACCAGUGGAAGAGAAGCAGCGUGAUGAUGGGCACCAGCUCCGCAACCAUCUCGUGGGAGAUUGAAGAGUGGACGCCGCCGGGAGAAUACAGACUUUGCUACUUUGGCGAUGCCAAAUCCAUUGAUGGCGAGAUUACGGCGUUUGAGGGCAGAAGCACGGCGUUUAUGGUCAAUUAA